CAGCAACAUCUCAAUACACAAGCCUCACUGACUUCACUCAUUCUUCAUUCCAAUUUAUUUCAUUGUUUUCAAGAUUUGCUCGAGGAUACUUCAGUUUCAGUACUUAGUCAUUCAUCAUCUUCGCUGUAUCAAAGGCAUUUGUCACUAGUCAAACAUAGUUUAAAUAUCAAAAAAUGGCAUCAAAUUCGCUAUCUGCUUGGACCCCAAAAGAAAACAAGAAAUUUGAGCAGGCACUUGCUGUCUAUGACAAGGACACACCUGAUCGUUGGCAAAACAUUGCUAAAUAUGUCGGUGGAGGAAAAUCAGUUGAAGAUGUUAAGCAACACUAUGCUAUCCUUAUAGAAGAUCUCAAGCACAUUGAGUCCGGUGACGUCCCAUUCCCAAAAUACAGGUCAGGCGGAAACUCUCGCUAAAGCUAAUCAAGAAACCACUUGCAGCAGGCGUACGACGUAUAAUUUAUCCCAUAUAAAAACCAUUCAAGUCGAGGACAUAACCGUACGCUGAAGGUUACGGAAAGAAAUAUUACUCUCAAGAAUCAAGAUGCACACUAUUAUUUUCUUCUUCUAGCUAGGCUGAUGCGUUACCAUUGUAUUACCCUAAUAUCUUGUUGCAUAAAAAAGCAUAUUAUAUUUUCAUGGACGCAAAGUAAA